GACUGUAGCUACAUUUAGUGGCAGUUGGUGGAUCUUCAGUCACGUUUGUGUGUCAUAUGAUCAAUUUGUGAAUUAGUAUUGAAUUCUUUUGGGAGUGUCUGAAUUUUACAGUUCUGCUUUUUAAAAUAACAAUGUUGAAACUAUUUUUCUGCCUCCUGACUGUAUUCGUUGCAGUGAAAGCAAGUGGAGAUUUCGUAGUUCUACAUAGUCCAAACAGUGUUUUAUUUAACGGAAAUGAAGAAGUAGAGCAGAGUUUGCUUAAAGAAGUGCUAGCUGCUGCUUUAGGUUUCACUGUUAAACAGAGAGGAACAUGGAGCGGCAUCUCCAUUGCCGAUCCAUUUAAUCUUCCAGAAGCUGUAGUCGUGGUAGCAAUAGAAGGUGUAGGAUCUUUAGAUAUACCAAAGGGUAAAAGGUUUCCAUUAAAUGUUAAUGAAGUUGAAGAAACCACGUGGCAGGCUCUUAGAGAACGCCUAGAAGAAAGAGAUAACGAUAAUACUCUAGUCAGAAUAUCUUUAGGAGAUGGUCUUGAUGCUUUAGGACAGUCUGCUCUCGGAGAAUUGAAGCCAACUCCUAUCGAUGAAACAUCUCUGAAAGCUUUGAAUUUAGGAAAGGAAGAUGAUAAGAAGUUUCUGGAAGAAGUGCAAUUGCUCCAUGCCAUUGCUAAAAAAGCACCUUCUGCAAUUAAAUCAGAUUUGAAAUCUGAUAUUUACUGGCUGGUUAUAUCCGGUUUGCGUCCUAUUUUUGACGACUAUGGAUUCAAUUCAACCGCUUCUAGGGAAGCUCAAACAUUGUUUAAUAACGCGCUAACCGUUAUUCACGAUGCAUUUGUUCAGGCCUAUGAUGGACAGGUAUUAAUUGUGGCAUUCACGAACGAUGCGAGUAAGGUACAUCACAUCCGCUCUGUCACUUUAGGAAGACAAAAACGAGAUACUGCUGAUACGGAUGAUAAAACUAAAAGUGUAGAUCCUACUUCGGAACUUAAAGAGCAGCACAAUGAUAUAAAUUUUAAUAAUAAUGAUAAUAUUGCAAUUACGCAAAGUGAUCAUCAAGAUGAAAACAAAAGUGUAGAAGACGAAGAGGAUUCAAACACAAAUAUUGAUAGUGCUAGCAAAUUCGACAGUGAUACGGACACUUCUACCACAAGUAGUGAUUUUCGUGAUGAUAGUGGAGUCACUGAAACUGAUCAGGAUUUGACUAAUAUGGAGCAUAACAUAAAUUCUAAUGCACAAAGUAUAAGACAGGAAGUCUAUAAUCUUGCGAAAGUUUACUCGGAAAAUUAUCCCGUCAUCUUUAACAUAAUAUUAUGGUUUGGAGUUGCUUUUGUUUUCUCGCUCCUCGCUAUUUGCAUCGCCAUUGGCCAAAUGGACCCCGGACGUGAUUCCGUAAUAUACAGAAUGACCUCCAAUCGCAUGAAGAAGGAUAAUUAAAUGUAAAUAUGAGUUAACAGUGUUCAAAUUAAACAAUUUGUGUUAUAUAUGGUGUACUUAAACUGUCAAAUUUACUUCAUAAAUAUGCACAAUUCCAUCUCAAUUCCACUUUUUAAGGUUCCAACAAAAUUGUUCGUCGGUAAUAUAAUAGUUAUUGUAAUAUAUUUAUAUACACAUUAGUUGUAUCUCAUAUAAUUCAGUCAGCCGUAUAGUAUUUUUUAUUAUUGUAUAUUUUGAAGAAUUAUCGAAUAGAUGCAUCCUUCCUAUGUAUAAAUGUAUAAUAGACUAAGUUCUUUAAACUACUAUACCUAUUAAUAAAACAUGUUUAAGUGUACAGUUAUGCAAUAAAUUAAUAAAGGCUAAACGUUAUAGCGAUUCAA